AUGGGCCCCUCUGAGAAGGCGGCUUCCGUCGGGACCAGUACUUCUCCGACUGUUCCAGCUUUUCCCUCCAAAGAUGAAGAAGUCGCCCUGCAUGCCGAAGAAACUCAGAGCCGUCCAGGGUUCUGGACACGGAUGGGCUGCACGCCAGAAUCAUUUAAGAAAAGGACCCUGGCAGAUAAACACAAUCAAUUAAACCAGACCCUCAAGUCCCGCCAUUUGCAUAUGAUAGCAAUUGGCGGCAGUAUUGGCGCGGGGUUUUUCGUUGGCUCAGGUGCAGCAUUAUCAAAAGGUGGCCCGGCAAGUGUUGUGAUUGAUUUCGCAAUUAUUGGCGUUAUGAUGUUUAACGUUGUUUUUGCUCUUGGAGAACUAGCUAUCAUGUAUCCGGUAUCCGGAGGGUUCUAUAUAUAUUCCAGCCGGUUUAUUGACCCAUCAUGGGGGUUUGCUAUGGGGUGGAACUAUGUUCUCCAAUGGCUUACUGUGCUUCCUCUUGAGCUCACAGUGGCGUCAUUAACCAUAAAUUACUGGAACGUCCACGUCAAUGUCGCAGUCUGGAUAUCUGUGUUCCUCGUGGCCAUCAUCAUAAUUAACAUUUUUGGAGUUCUGGGCUUCGGAGAGGAAGAAUUCUGGGCCAGCGCCCUCAAGCUCAGCGCUGUGGUCAUUUUUAUGAUAGUUGCUGUGGUCUUGGUGUGUGGAGGAGGCCCAAAGAGAGGUAUCUAUUCUGAAUACUGGGGCGCAAGACUCUGGUACAAUCCCGGUGCAUUUCGCAAUGGUUUCAGAGGCUUCUGCUCCGUGUUUGUGACUGCGGCUUUGUCAUUUUUUGGUACCGAACUCGUUGGCCUUGCGGCAGCCGAGAGCAAAACACCUAUGAAAUCACUUCCUUCAGCGAUCAAGCAAGUAUUUUGGCGAAUCACCCUAUUCUAUAUCCUUGGGUUGUUCUUCAUCGGCCUGCUUGUUCCAUCUAAUGACAGCCGGCUUUUGGGUGCAAACCCAUUAAUUGACACAAAUGCAUCGCCAUUUGUUAUUGCUGCUCUUGAUGCUGGUCUUAAAGGAUAUGACAGCUUUAUGAAUGUCAUCAUUCUUGUUUCUGUCUUCUCCAUAGGAAACUCAGCAGUCUAUGCAGGAUCUCGAACAUUGACAGCAAUUGCUGAACAAGGAUAUGCUCCUCGCAUCUUUUCAUACGUUGAUAGAGCUGGCAGGCCACUUAUAUCAACAGGCACUGUCAUUGCAUUUGGUGCCUUGGCCUACAUCAACGUCACAGCUAGUGGUGUUGAAAUCUUUGAUUGGCUUCUUGCUCUUUCUGGUCUCACUGCAUUGUUCACUUGGGGAAGUAUUUGUCUUGCACAUAUUCGAUUCCGUGCGGCGUGGGCUCACAAAGGGAGGUCCCUUGAUGAGAUCCCCUUCAAGGCUGCAUUUGGUGUUUGGGGAUCUUGGGUCGGACUCGCCCUCGUCGUCCUCGUCUUCAUUGCUCAGGUGUUUAUCGCAAUUUGCCCUGUUAAAGGCGGAUUCAAUGAUGCAAAGGGCUUUUUCAAAUCGCUCCUCGCCCUCCCUGUCGUCUUGUUCUGCUGGGCGUGUGGGUAUGCCUGGAAACGGAAAGGAUGGUUCAGUCUCGAUGAAAUCGAUAUCGAUUCAGGGAGGAGAGAGAUUGACUGGACCGCACACAACCUGGAGUUGGAGAAACGAAAAAAUGCGACGUUCUUCAAACGACUGUACUAUCGGCUUUUUUGA